AUGCAUUCCCUGCUGGAAGACCGCACAUUGAACAGUCAGGACGUUGUUCCGUAUUCUCGAAUGUGCAGUGUUUACAAGACCACCUUGUUGUCACAGUUGAUUCAUGACCUAUAA